AGUAAUACUUGAUUUUCAUAUUAUUCCGAAUUAUACAAAUUGUUUCGUUGAUAACGUCGUAAGAAUUGGUAUCAAACAUGUUUAAAAAAUUACGUACGUUUUGUUAAUAAAAGUGAUUGAUUUGUUUGAAUGUUGUUAAAAAUUGAAAAGAGAUAUUGUUAAAAAUAAAAAUCGAUAAGAUAAUUUGAUCGAUAUAACGGCAAGCUAACGUUACAAAAAGGAGAUAGACCGAGCAACGGCAUUUAGUAUCGAAAUUAAUACAAAAAUUAGAAUGUCGUCGUCGGUUUUUAUCGUUGCGUAAGAAAUAAAAGGUACAAAAUUAGGUAGACGAUGUAUAUUAGAAAGGAAGCGAACAGAACGGUGUCACCGAGCACCUAUGUGCUAAGGUGCUUCGUGGUAGUGAUGAUGAUCGCUGCUGCUGCAACAUUUCUGCAUUUAAAUAAUUACAGGCCCAAACAAACUUUCUUAUCCUGUGACAGACCAUGUCAUCAUUUAGAUUGGCCAAUGAUUUGUCGGGUGAAACUUACAUUGGAAGUGUUCCAAUCACUCAGCAAAUCAUGUGGAAAUUGCUUAUCGAACGAAACCGCUUGUCUGGCUAAUAAUUGCGUAUCAGCGGAUGGACAAAGGCGGGGCAUAAUGACGGCGAAUCGACAAAUGCCGGGACCUAGUAUACAGGUUUGCGAGAACGAUAUUUUAGUAGUGGACGUAGUUAACAAACUUCCAGGUAAAGCGGCCGCCAUACAUUGGCGUGGUCAAUCUCAAAUCGAAACACCCUGUAUGGAUGGUACGCCGUUGGUAACGCAGUGUCCAAUACCAAGCUAUACCACUUUUCAAUACAAGUUCCGAGCGUCGGCUGCUGGUACACAUCUAUGGCAUGCGCAUGCAGGUGCCGACAUAACGAACGGCGUUUUUGGAUCGUUGAUAGUUCGGCAAGCAGACAUUCGCGAUCCUCAACGUGCUUUUUAUGAUGUCGAUGACCCGAACCACGUGAUACUAGUUACGCACUGGCAGCAUUCUCUGGAAAUGUCACUCGAUCAUGGUCACACAAAGCCAGCGAUACUUCUCGUCAAUGGUAAAGGACGGCAGAUGAAUGGACCAAAAGUUCCUUAUACGACAUUUACCGUCGUUCCUGGACGACGUCAUCGUUUUCGAGCUGCCAAUGCCGGUGGAGCUGGAUCUUGUCCCAUUAGAAUUUCUAUCGAUAAUCAUUCUCUUUACUUGAUAACUUUGGAUGGACAUCCUAUCGAACCUCGAUACGUUACAUCGAUUACUUUAGCGAAAGGCGAGAGAGCGGAUUUUAUAUUAAAAGCAAGCAAAAAGACCUCCUCUUAUUGGAUGAACAUAAGUACGCCAAAGAAAUGCGGAACAAUUCCUGUUUAUGGUGCUGCGAUUAUAAAAUAUCAAGGUAGUCCUGUGGAUCGUUUAGAAACUACGAAUUCGGACGACAUUCCGGUCGAUCAAAGCGAAGAUCAGGAAAUGGAUACGAAUCGAGUCGCGAUGACGACCGUUUACGACGAAACGUGUAACAAUCUUGAGAAUUUUUGUAUCAACGAAAUUCGAGGAAUGCGUAAAAUGCCGAAAUUUCUUACUACCAAAACCGAUUUGACUAUUUAUCUACCGAUUAAUUACAUGGUGCAGUCAACCGAUUCAAUAGAAGAUGGCGGCGUCGAUAUAAAAUCCUUAAAUGUGAACAACGUUACGUUCACUUAUCCUUCGUCACCGUUAUUGACGCAAAGUGGCGACAUACCGAAAGGCUUGCUGUGUACGGGAAAGGACGAAGACGAUCAUAACGAGAACAACGAAACCACGUCGUCCUCGCGAAACUGUCGCAAUGAUAACAGAGACGCCAACGACACGUGCGAAUGCGUUCAUAUGCGUUAUAUCCCUCUCGGAGCGACCGUGGAAAUAAUUCUCUUGGAUCAAGCUGGAAUGGACGAUCUCGUCUAUCACCUACACGGAUACAACUUUUACGUUGUCGGAGUUCAGAAAUUUGACAGAAGCAUGUCUCUGGAUGAUGUUAAGCAUCUUGACAGAAAGGAAUUACUUUUCUCUCGUAAUUUGGAUUGUGCACCGUCGAAAGACACGAUAACAGUGCCGAAAUUCGGCGCUGUCGCUCUCAGAUUUAAAGCUAAUAAUCCUGGAUAUUGGAUGCUGAGGGACGAACACGCAGUCGAUUGGACCCGUGGCCUAGAUGUUAUCCUACAGGUUGGUCAACCUAAUGAGAUGAUAGCAGCGCCGCAAGAUUUCCCAAAAUGUGGCUCCUUCGUCGGACCCGACUACUUUCUGAUAUAGACUUCUUUGUUUCUUACGAUUUUGUAAAUAGUUGUAUAUAAUGUAAAAUUUUGAAAUGUAAAAGUUCGCUGCUGGGAUAAAGCUAUUCGGACAGUUAUGCCCAAAUAUUUUGUUAACAAUAAACUAUUUACAUUUAUUA